UUGUGCAGCACAUACUUUGUUUUCUUCCGCAGUUUCUUUCCGCGAGAUAGUUUUCAGUUUAGGGCGUUUGUUUGUCGUUUCAUUUUUGUCAAAACUAGUUUAAAAUUAAGCGUUGUGGGUGUUUUUAAAAAAACAUUUUUUCAUCGUUUGUCGUCCCUUUGUUCAGCGGGUAAAUAAGACCUCCGUUUGUUGGGGGUUUUGGUUCCUGGUGAUGGAGGAGCAGCAGAGUCAGAGCUCUGCUUUGGAUGGAGGAGGACAGUCCGUGAAGGAGGAGGAGGUGGAAAAGGAGAACCUAACAGACAUAGCAGCUCCAGAUGACGAAGAGGAAGAUGAGGAAGCUCUUCCUCAUUCAGAGAUCCUGGACAUUUUCGAGGAGGGACUUGCUCAACUCGUUCAGGACCCUUUACUCUGCGAUCUGCCAAUUCAGGUGACUUUGGAGGAGGUGAAUUCUCAGAUUGCUUUGGAGUAUGGCCAGGCAAUGACUGUCAGGGUUUUAAAGGCAGAUGGUGAAAUAAUGCCCAUAGUGGUGGUGCAAAAUGCUACCGUCCUUGAUUUGAAGAAGGCCAUUCGCAGAUUCAUGGAGCUGAAACAGCAACGAGAAGGAGGAGUGAAGCAUGUUAGCUGGAGGUAUGUUUGGAGAACCUUUCAUUUAGUAUUUCAGGGCGAGAAGCUUGAAGAUGACAGGAUGAGGCUUAGAGACUAUGGGAUCAGGAACAGAGAUGAGGUGACAUUCAUGAAGAGACUCAGGAAAAAGUGAAGUGUUUCCUCAUCAGGAGUAAAAACCUCUUUUCCUGCUAUGUGCACCAGUGCUGCUUGUAUCUUUGAUUUUUGAUAUUUGAACUGUUGUUUGUUUGAGAUCGCUGUGUCAUGAAUAUAUCUUCUGCACAGACAUCUGUCUAGAAACACUUUUUUACAAACGGUGCUGCCUCUCAGAGAGGCUACUUGUAAAUAAGAUACCUGGACUGUGUCCUGUUUUUUCUCCCAAUGCACAGUGAUUUUUAUAUAAUUGUCUGCAAUUAUUCAAAUAAAUUACAGUAUUUUCA